UGGACUCGUUGUCAAAGUCAGAGUAAACCUGCGUAAGAGGAUAGAGUAUAAAAACCCAUAAACUCAGGGCUCUGCUGACAAACCAACGAGAACAAGCCGAGUCACAGACGCACCUGUCCCAGCAGAGAUCAUGGUUAGCCGUUUUGAGCACCCUGCUGGAGGCUAUAAGAAGAUCUUUGAGACCGUGGAGGAGCUGAACGAACCUCUUCCAGCAACCGUCACUGGCCGCAUCCCCUCGUUCAUUAAAGGCAGUCUGCUCCGUCUGGGUCCCGGUUUGUUUGAGGUGGGAUCGGAGCCCUUCUUUCAUCUUUUCGAUGGCCAGGCUCUCAUGCACAAGUUUGAUUUCAGCAGUGGACAGGUCACGUAUUUCCGCAAGUUUGUCAAAACCGAUGCUUACGUUCGUGCGAUGACUGAGAAACGAGUGGUAAUCACUGAGUUUGGGACCUGUGCUUAUCCAGAUCCCUGCAAGAACAUCUUCUCCAGGUUCUUCACGUAUUUCAAAGGCGUUGAGGUGACAGACAACUGCCUGGUAAAUGUUUACCCCAUUGGAGAGGAUUUCUAUGCUGUCACAGAGACUAAUUUUAUCACUAAAGUCAACGUGGACACCUUGGAAACCUUGAAGAAGGUUGACAUGUGUGACUAUGUGAAUAUAAACGGAGUAACGGCUCAUCCGCACAUCGAGAAAGACGGCACGGUCUACAACAUCGGAAACUGCAUGGGGAAGGGAGCCUCGCUGGCCUACAAUAUCGUCCGAAUCCCACCUAAACAGAAAGACAAAUCAGACCCCAUUGAGAAAUCCAAGGUGGUUGUGCAGUUCCCAAGUGCGGAAAGGUUCAAGCCGUCCUAUGUGCACAGUUUUGGGAUGACGGAGAACUACUUCGUCUUUGUCGAGACGCCUGUUAAAAUCCACCUGCUGAAGUUCCUGAGCGCCUGGAGUAUCCGAGGAUCCAACUACAUGGACUGCUUCGAAUCUGACGAGGAGAAAGGCACCUGGAUACACAUUGCGAGGAAGCAUCCGGGAGAGUACAUUGACUAUAAGUUCAGGACCUCUGCGAUGGGUCUUUUCCAUCACAUCAACUGCUACGAGGACUCAGGCUUCAUCGUUGUGGACCUGUGCGCCUGGAAGGGCUUUGAAUUUGUCUACAACUACCUGUGGCUGGCUAACCUCCGAGCAAACUGGGACGAGGUGAAGAGGAACGCCAUGAUCGCCCCUCAGCCGGAAGUCAGGAGAUACGUGCUUCCUCUGGAUCCCUACAGGGAGGAGCAGGGCAAGAAUCUGGUGUCUCUGCCGUACACCACUGCCACGGCCACAAUGAGGGCUGAUGGGACCAUUUGGCUGGAGCCUGAGGUGCUCUUCUCUGGUCCACGACAAGCUUUCGAGUUUCCUCAGAUCAACUACAAAAUGAACAAUGGAAAGAAUUACACGUACGCCUAUGCGCUGGGCCUCAACCACUUUAUCCCUGACAGGAUUUGCAAGCUGAAUGUGAGGACUAAGGAGACCUGGGUCUGGCAGGAGCCGGACUCGUACCCUUCAGAGCCGCUGUUUGUGCAGAACCCCGAUGGAGUGGAUGAGGAUGAUGGUGUGUUAAUGACCAUUGUGGUGUCGCCUGGAGCACAGAGACCUACAUUUUGCCUGAUCUUGAAUGCUAAGGACCUGUCGGAGAUCGCAAGAGCAGAAGUUGACAUCAUGUCUCCAGUCACCUUCCAUGGAAUGUAUAAACCAUAGAAUAAAGUUACUGUGUACUGUACACCAUGAGACUGUAAACUAAUAAGAAUAAUAAGAACUAUGGUGUUGCACA